AUGGCUAAGAUUCUUCCUCGACCAUGGAAGGACCUCCCUGCUGACCUCCUUGUCGAGAUCCCCCGCUGCCUCCCGUGCCUCGUUGAUCAUGUGUACAUGUCUAGUGUGUGCCACGAUUGGUGGGUGGCUGUCCCAAAGCCCCCGCAUCUGCACAAGCUCCCUUGGCUCCUCCUCCCAAAUCCCACUACCACACCUCUCUCUCUUCCUCCAGUCCCGGAAAGCAUGCGAAUGGCAUCCUUCUAUUGUAUCCUAGAUAAUGGAUCUACCCACAACCUUCGCAUCAGACAUGAUGUAGGCGGGGCGCACUUCUUUGGCUCCUAUGAUGGCGGUUGGAUCUUCCUUGCCCUCGGCCAGACCAACCACCACACGCUUCUCAACCUCCACACCAACCAACACUUCCCUCUCCCUAAUUCCAUCUCUGUGGGAUUCGUUGGUCGGUAUGUACAAAAUCCUAUCUCGAUGGUCAUCCUCUCUGCCACCCUUUCUUCCUCGCCGAUGACAAACACAGAGUGCUUCGGUGCCGCUAUCGUUGACUUAAACUUUUUGCCGCACGCAAGCCCUCGAACACAACUUUCCUUCUGGAGGUUGGACGGGGCCAAUCAUCACCGUCCAGUGGCGAUGGGUUUCAUUGGCAAUUGCUUGGACCCAUGGUCCCGAUUUGAGGAUGUCAUACAUCAUAAAGGAGCUUUCCAUUUCCUCACCGAUACAGAGCAUGUCAUUGCGUACAACAUAUUGAAUUUCCAAGAAGGUGUCUGGUUGGAAGUUGGUGUUCAUCGGUACUAUUUUCAGAGGAGGUCACCACACAACUCCAAUGUGAUAGUCACCGCUCGCUACCUUGUGGAGUCCCGGGGGGAACUGCUGAUGGUCAUGAGGUUGGUGACAUUUUGUCCAGGACAUGUCGUGUCACUACAAGCAGGGGCAUUCCAGGUGUACCGGAUGAUGCAACACCUCAACAAUGCGGGAUUGGUUGUACUCACCUGGGAAGAGUUGCCCAAGCUAGAUGAAAGGAUGUUGUUCAUUGCACGAGGACGCUCUAGGUCCUACGAGGUGGCUGAUUGUCCCGGCUAUGGAUUUCAAGAUGGUAUCUACUUCUUGGAUGAUGCAACCUCUAAUUGUGUAGAGGUGAUGGUCCAGCACCCCCCAUUUCGGCGGUACACCUACAAUGACAAUGGGAGGUAUCGGUGGGUGGACGUGACACCGCCCCGCCAAGAUUUCCAGCGCUGGUUCCCGGACAAGGAACAGUCUAACUACUCGUCUCCAAUUUGGUUUCUCCCUUGA